AUGAAGUUCCAGUGGGACGAGGAGUGCGAUCGAGCGUUCGAGGAGCUGAAAGCCUAUCUCAACUCCUUACCAGUGCUAGCCAAGCCGAUAGCUGGUGAACCCCUCAAGAUUUACCUAUCCUCGACCAAUCACGCGGUAGGCUCGGCCCUUGUAAGGUCGGACGGCGAGGAACAGCCUUUAUACUUCUUGAACCAUAUAUUAAAAGACGCUGAAUCCCGCUACACCAGUCUCGAGAAACUCGCAUUUGCACUGGUCCUCGCCGCUCGGAGGCUCCGUCCGUACUUUCUUGUGCAUACCAUCACAGUAAUGACCAAUAGCUCGUUGAACAAGGUCCUCCUCAAUUCAGAAGCAUCAGGAUGGUUGAUUAAGUGGACCAUGGAGCUCAGUGAGUUUGAUAUUCAGUAUCAGCCCCGGACAGCCAUAAAGGGACAAUCUCUAGCAGACUUCAUCACCGAGGUGCAAGACCCCAAGCCCGAAGUCACUUGGAAGGUGUACCAGGAUGGGUCUUCCACCCGGCAAGGGAGUGGGGUGGGAAUACUACUGAUCUCCCCCAAAGAAGAGCAGAUGCAGCUAUCUGUUCGGCUGGACUACCAAGCAACCAACAAUGAGGCCGAGUACGAGGCUCUCAUAGCCGGGCUACAAGCCGCUCGGCACGUGGUCGCCAUCAGAGUUCUGAUUCAUUCGGACUUGCAGUUAGCUGUCCAGCAGCUCUCCGGAACGUUCGAGAUCAACAACGCUCGGCUCAGGCUCUAUACCGAGGCCUUCGAAAAAUUGAAAGCCAAUUUCCAGGAGGUGGUUAUAAGGAAGGUACCCCGAGCGGAGAAUCAAGCGGCGGACGAACUGGCGAAACUAGCCAGCUCCAUAUCGCCGAUCGUCAUGCAGCAGCCGAUCGAGCAAAUGUCCCUCGUGGCCCAUAUCGACUGGAUGGAGGGACUCACCUUUCCCAGCGACUGGAGAACGGCGCUGAUAGAAUUUCUGCAAGCGGGAUCUACGCCUUCUGAUCGGGAAGAGGCUCACCUGCUGAGAAGGCGAGCGGGCAGAUUCACAUUAAUCAGAGACCAGCUGUACAAGAAAGCUUUCUCCCAACCGCUUCUCAAAUGCGUCAGGCCAGAAGACAUCGACUACAUACUGCAGGAGGUACACCAAGGCUCCUGUGGUGGAUAUCCGGGCGGCCGUUCACUAGCAAGAAAGAUUUUAAUGGCUGGCUACUUUUGGCCGACCCUUCAGAAGGACACCGCUCAGACCGUAUCCACUUGCCUGUCCUACCAAAAGUACCACAAUCUCUCACACCGCCCGACAGAAGAAAUGAACACAUCCGCGGUAUCCUGCCCGUUCGACCAGUGGGGCUUGGACAUAGUGGGGCCCUUCCCCAUGGCAACUAGUCAACGGAAGUUUUUACUUGUUGUCGUUGAUUACUUCUCCAAGUGGGUAGAGGUCGAGCCGCUGGCUAGGAUCACCGAACAGAUGGUCAAGAAGUUCAUCUGGCAACACCUUAUUUGUCGGUUUGGCAUCCCGCGCUGGCUCAUCUCAGACAACGGAAGGCAGUUUGUCAGUCAGCAACUCAGAGAGUGGUGCGAAGGAUACGGCAUCCAGCAGACCUUCACUUCAAUGGCUUACCCCCAGAGUAAUGGGCAAGCCGAAGUAUCCAAUCGGGAGAUCCUGCGGAUUCUCCAAGUUCAACUCGACCACGUCGGGGGCAGCUGA